AUGACUCCACUACACAUUGCAUCUUUGGAAAAACAUAUAAAUCUGGCGAUUGUUUUGAUAGAAAAUGAGGCUCAAAUUAACGCAAAAAAUAAAGACCAGCAGACACCGUUACGAAGUGUGAUCAAGGAGAAUUAUUUUGACAUAGUAAAGUUACUGGUGGAAUCUGGUGCCGACUUGAAUGCAGCAGAUAAAAAUAAGUGGUCACCACUGCAUGCCGCUUCUUCAAAUGGACUCAGUCGUAUAGCAAAAUAUUUGAUUGAAAAAGGUGCUGAAAUCGACGCAAAAACUGCAUAUAUGCAAACACCAUUACAUCUUGCAACAUCUGAAAGCCACAUCAGUGUCGUAAAAACUUUGAUAGAUGCAGGAGCCUCUAUUGACGAAUUGGACAAAAAUAAGAUUCCAAUUUGA